AUGAAACCAGCCUCUGCGUCUGCAGAACGACAAGAUGAGAAGCAACACAAUAUUGAGAUCUCGGAAACCGCGAACCCCAGAAAUACCCCAGACGAGCACGGUCCUAAUCCUGAACCACUGCGCGUUCUCAAUUUUGCAAACGACGAUGAACCUUCUCCAUCAACGCCGGGAAUAUUUGUCCUGAAACUGCCAAACCUUAGUCCAGAAUCAACCGAGCGAAUCUUUCCCAUCAGCUCAGUCGUGUCGGUCGAUUCCUCCGCUCCGCCAACACCGGCAGUGGAGAACCCUGAGGAGCAAAACCCCCCAUGGGCUGAAAGUCUCCGUUCAAAUUUUACUGGUGGCAAGCAAUCACCAGGCCAGCCAGCUACGCCAUCGCCCGAUGACCGCAAGGACGCACCCUCGAUUCAGAGCACAGUAGAAGCCUAUGGCAGUUCUUUGAACGUGACUACUGGAAGCAGGAAGCGAACCCCCUUAAAAAUUGACUUGGCCAGAGGAAUUUCCGACAUAUCAUUAUUCGAGGAUGUGAAUGUGUCUUCCCAGGGGGGCUCUGGCCUCCCAUCCUCUGCUGAGGCCCAGGACUCGUACUUCGCAGGAGCAGGGUCCUGGAUCGACCAAGCUGAAACAGCAACCUGGGUACAAGACAUGGAAGACGAACCAAACUUCAAGCACAUUCAUGGGCUUGGUGCACUCAUAGUGCUACAAGAAUCCAAAGGAAGUCUCAUCGUCCAGGUUGCGAGCAAGAACACCGAAGAAGUUCUUGGCUACAAACCUGAACAGCUUUUCGCACUACCGAGCUUCUGCGAUAUCGUGCAGGAUGAUCAGAAAAAAGACUUUCUUGGCCGUUUUAACCUUGUCCGAGGCAAGUGGUAUAAUGUCGAGCAGCACGGUCCAGAUAUCCACGAAGUCGAUGUCCGCCAAAGUUACGGGACAACGAGGCGGCUCUGGUGUACGAUGCAUGCUACAAAGGCAAACUCUGGUCAUAUCGUAUGUGAAUUUGAGUUGAUGAGAGCCGUUCUUGAAUAUUGGAAGAACUCAGGGCCUUCGAAAUCGGUCUACGCAGUCUAUGACAACACAAGCUCAGACGAGAGAUCUGAUGAGAAGAACAGCACUCCGAGCAUGCCUCCUGAGAUGCAAAACAUGCUGAGAGGAAUCAGAGGAAAUUUCCGGUCUGCGGAUAUGUUGAGCGCCUUGUCACUUGUUAUCCAGCUAGCUGCGAGCACGUCCUCCCUGAGCAUGCUUUUCAACUACUUUAUUGGCAUCAUUAGGGAAUUGACCGGUUUCAGCCGAGUGACAGUCUUUUAUUUUGAUCGUGACGGGAAUGCGGUUCCUAUGAACGAUGCCGUUGACUCGCGCGUUAUUGCUAGUUUCCCGGAAGACCUGCAUUUCCCGAAACCGCUUUCUCCGAGAGACUUGGAAAGAUUUCAUUUGGACAACAAAGUCUGUCUCGAAUACAGUCAUAGGCGAUCACACACUGAGCUGGUUUAUCGUGAUUCUGAGAAUUUGCCCAGCGAGUUUGAUCUAGACCACUCUUACAUGUUGGCGAGAUCACCGUACCUUGUGGAUCAUGUCACCGGAAUGCCCGUCUUUGCUUGCAUGUCUAUCAAUAUAAAUGCCUUCGGACGUGCAUGGGGGCUUAUAAUGUGCCAGUCGUACGAGGAAGAGAUGCGAUUACCCCCUCCAGUACAGAAGUUCUUCUGGCUAGUUAGCGACACACUUUCAAGCAAUAUUGAACGUCUUUCCAACACGAUGACUGCCCAGAUGCAGGAUCCUUUCACUUCUUCAAACGACGGAGAUGAGAAAGGUGAUAGUUUUCAGGUGAAAGACUUACUGACCUUGUUCAAGGCGGAUUAUGCUGCAUCCUUAAUGUUAGGUGAAACCAAAAUCCUUGGAAAGCCCCACGAUGCGCAGGAAGUGCUCGCUUUAGUGGAAUACUUGAAACUGAAGGAACUCGGUGCUGUCUUGUGUUCAACGGACAUGACUCGAGAUUUCCCAGACCUCAACUAUACUCCUGGUUUCAAGUAUCUAUCCAACCUGCUGUACGUACCCUUGUCGACGGACGGUCGAGAGUUCAUCGUUUUUUUCAAGGCGUCACAACGCGGAGACACUUUUCGUGCUGGGACUGAUGACAAUGCUCGAUGCUUGGAUCAAGGACAGCCGACAGACCUUAGUUCAGAGGCGAAGCUGGUCGAUCGUGAGACUGAUAUAUGGAAUGCGGGAGACUUACAGAAGGGCCCCUUUCUAUCCUUGAUAUACAGGGCCAUGCUGAAAGAGGUGUGGCAGCAAAAGGAAACAACAAUGCAAAGCACCCAGCUUAUGCGACUACUUUUGGCAAACUGCGCUCACGAGUUUCGGACGCCGCUGAACGCGAUCAUCAACUACCUUGAAAUUGCAUUGGAUGGAGAUCUCACUCAAGAGACUCGGGAGAGUCUUUCCAGAUCGCAUUCCGCUUCAAAAUCCCUCAUUUACAUAAUUAACGAUCUCUUGGACCUUACAAACGCAGAGAACGGCAUCAGCUUGAUCAAAGACGAGAAUUUUGAUCUCGUGGAGACCAUCCAUGAAGCCUCGCGCAUUUUCUGUGAAGAAGCGAGGCAAAAGGGUGUUGAGCUUCAUGUUGUACAAUACGCCGACAUUCCUCCUGUGCUUGGAGACCAACGGCGAGUACGACAAGUCAUCACGAAUCUCAUCAGCAAUGCUGUUCAGCAUACAUCUUCGUCCGGAACGGUGACUGUCGAAUCAUGCUUGUUGCCCGAUUAUACCGAGACUGGGAAACUUGGAAUUGAGGUAGCUAUCCACGACACUGGAACUGGCAUGUCUCAGAACGAUAUUGAAGCACUUUUCUGUGAAUUGGAGCAAGUUUCGAACAAAGACUAUAUACGAAGUCGACGCCCUCAACGCUGCGACAAUGCCAAAACGAGCGACAGUAGCGGCUCGAGGAACAUACUCGGACUGGGCUUAGCCCUAGUUGCUCGCAUAGUUCGCAAUAUGAACGGUCAACUCAGCGUGAAAUCGGAGGAAGGCCAGGGGAGUUGCUUCAGGAUCAAAAUGCAGUUUCCUUUACCCUUCGACGAGUCCAAUGAAGAGAACCUUGAAUCUAACAGAGCGUCGCCGGUUGACAAAGGAAAAGCGAGGCAAAGUGAACCUGAAGACGGCCAAAACGUGCCUCCCAAGCAAGACGAAACUCAGUGCAGCGAAGAUGACAGAGCUGGGGCAGGGAAGAAUACUGGAUCCUCAAAGUGUGCAGAUUCCACAAAACAUGAUAGUCAUACAUCAGACGACACAGUCACCGCGAAUUUUGCUCAACAUGACUCUGCCUCGAAGCAAGAAGAAUCAACCAUACAUCCUGACAUAAGGACAAAACCUCCGUCUACCGAAGAGGACGGGCAAGCUCAUCAACCGCAUCUUAGGUCCGCGGAGCAAUCUACCAGAGCUUUAGCCGAUGAACCGACGAAGCCAAUCGAGGAAGCAGCGUCCGGGUCCUCAGAGAGGACGGCAGAACCGAGUCAAACCGAAGCGAAAUCCCAGUCAGAUAUUCCACCCAACGAGGGUGCAACUACUGCGUCUGAAGGAUCUUCCAAAAAGCAUCUCCACAUCUUAGUGGCCGAGGACGAUCCGACAAACAGCACAAUCUUGCGCAAGAGACUGGAAAAGUCGAGACAUACAGUCCAUAUGACUGAGAAUGGAAAGGAAUGUGCUUCUGCAUUCCGUGACAAUGCGCACUCAUUUGACGCCGUCCUGAUGGAUAUACAGAUGCCGAUCGUCGAUGGCAUGGGAUCAACCAAGAUGAUACGAGAAUAUGAAGAACUGACAUCUCCGACCUCUUUUCCAGCGACUUAUCGGCCUCAGCGGAUUCCGAUAUUCGCUGUCUCCGCAUCUCUGAUGGAGAAGGACCGUCAGACGUAUAUCGACGCGGGGUUCGAUGGGUGGAUCAUGAAGCCGAUUGAUUUCAAACGUGUCGCUCAUCUUCUGGAUGGAGUGUACAAGGAAGAUGCGCGCGAGGACAGUCUCUACAAGUCUGGCAUGUGGGAGAAGGGAGGCUGGUUCGAUAAGGGAGGUGAGAGCUAA